CUCUCUCUCUCUCUCUCUCUCUCUCUCGCUCGCUCGCUCACUACAGAAGCCAUGGGGAUGAUGUCCAUCGCCUCGUCGCCACCGGAGGCGGCCUCGCCGGCGCAUUGCCGCGCUCACAAGGCCUUCCUGCUCUGCAACUACGUCCUCCUAGGGGCCGCCUCCAGCUGCAUCUUCCUCACCCUUUCCCUCCGCCUCAUCCCCUCGGCCUGCGGCCUCCUCCUCAUCCUCCUCCACGCCCUCACCAUCGCCUCUGCUAUCGCCGGGUGCGCCGCCGCCUCCGGCUCCUCCAGCCGCUGGUACGGCGCCCACAUGGUCGCCACCGUCCUGACCGCCAUCCUCCAGGGCUCCGUCGCCGUGCUUGUCUUCACCAGGACGUCGGACUUCCUGGCGGAUGGCCUCCGGUCCUACGUCCGGGAGGAGGACGGGGCGGUGAUACUGAAGAUGGUGGGGGCGCUCUGCCUGGUCAUCUUCUGCAUGGAGUGGGUGGUGAUGGCUUUGGCCUUCGUGUUGAGGUACCACACCUAUGUGGAUGGGAGCGGCGUGAGGAGGAGCGCCAAGGUGCAGCAGGAGGGGGAUGUGAGCAAUUGGCCAUGGCCUUUACAGAAAAUUUAUGGAGCUUGAUACAGCCAACCAGCUCAGAGUUGGUGGAAGAUGAUGUUUUAGCCCAUAUCAGUAUCUCUUUCCCAAGUGCUGAAACAAAUUACCAGAAAAAUGAAACAAAUCUAAGCACAUUCAGUAAAAAAAGGAAUGCAGCAGUCAUGUAGUUGGCAAUCAUAAUUGACACAGCAGAUCAAAUAAAUAUGGAUGGUUCACCAGCAGGGGGGGUUACUUCAAGGAAACAUGAAGAUGACAGCACCACCAUGUUCAUCUUGCAACAUAAGUCAACAGCUUACAGUAGUAUCGCAAGCACAAGGAUGAAAUAUGGGAAUAUCAUUUCAAGAAAUGCUGAAUGAUUUCUCAGUGUUACUUGAUCUAAACCGAAACUGGAAAACUUGUGUACAAGAGUUUUAUGCCCUGAAUACAUGAAGACACCAAACUAGGAUCCAUACUUCUGUCAUCAGCAGCAUUUUGAAAAGUAUCAAUGACAUGGCAACUUUCUUGAACCUUUGAAAAUAGCAUCAUCCUUUGCAGAUAUUGGUUCAAAAUCGUGGUGUUGAAGAUCAAAUUGGAUGGUUCCAUCUUUCUCGGUGUGAAACAGCACCAGGCACAGCAGCCAAUCAUGUUUUAGGUAUGAUCAUGGAUGAACUGAUGUACCCAGAAUC